UUCAGGAGGAAGGAGUUCUGGUUCAAUGUAUGGAUGCCUGUUUUGGACUAAACAGGAAAAAAACCCAAGGGCAGCAACUGACUGACCCAAAUCAUACCAAUGUUUAUUUUGCUGAUCAAGAUGAUGUGGAUAAUUUUGUUGCACAAUACCAUGAAGAUUGUCAAAAUACUGAGCCGGAAUGUAGCAGGUUUCAUGCCGGGGAAGUGUUGCCAGCAUUGCGUUCCAAAGGAAAGAACAAAUUGUUUGAUGAAAAAGGAGUUUUUGGAUCUGUUUGUCGCCAUGACUUCCCACUAUCUUUUCAUAAUAUCAAACAUGGUGAAAGAAUUUCCUACUCAGUGUAUGAGCUCAAGCAGACUUGCCAGCUUCUAAACAAAAAACCACUUAUCAAGGUUGUCAUCAUGUAUGAUAUUGCUUGUAUUUUGUCAACGCAUUUGAAGAAAAAUGCAAUAAAGUUUCCCAACGAGUGGCCAUUACUGGAAAAAUUCACCUUUGCAAUUCCUAUAUUCCAUUGUUAUGGACAUAAAGCAUCAUGCCAGAUCCAGUAUUCUCCCAGAAGGACAGAAGGCGUUGGACUUACUGAUGGUGAGGGGACAGAGAGGCUAUGGUCAUUUUUAAGGGACUUCUCKAGGAUAACUAAAGAGAUGUCUCCUGAAAAAAGAAUCGAUACCCUGACUGAUGGUCUCCUCCAUUAUGGCUGUCUUCUUAGGAAGAAAUAUGGUCCAGCUUUAAAUCACAAACUUCUAAGAGCAAUGGAUUUACAUCAGAUAUUAUCAGAUGACCUUGAUAAAGCUAUGAAAUCUUUUCCAAUAAAGUGUGAUGAAACUGUCAUUGAAGAGUGGAUUUCUUCAGAGAAAGUACAGGACAACUCAAAAAAAUUUGAGCUUCUUUGGGAUGAAAAAUAUGUUGACUUGCUGUCACAGAAUGUGUCAUUGAGGGGUGGAGAUCAGCAAGUUUCUAGAACAGAAGAGAAUGAAUCAUUGAAAAAGAAAAGGGAAAGAAUAGAGAAGUCACUGGCAGCUCUUGAGAAGAAACAUGGUAUUAGAAAGCGAUGGAGUGUAAAUGGCGAAGCUUUUUCCAGUUCAAGAAAACGACUUUUGAAAAAGCAAGAAGAGAAACUUCUCAGUGGUCUACACAGACUGGCAGYAGAGAGGACAUUCCUACUUGAAAUGAAAAGAAAAUAUGCAGAUGGACAGAUGAUUGCCAUUAAACUGUCAGGCCAGAUUGACAAGGUGGUUAAAAGUAUGAACAAGGGAUUGGAUGAGGUAAAUGUGUUAAGAAGAAGUAGUGCUUCCAUCAAUUUGCUGACYUUUGAUGACAUCAAAGAGCCUACUGGUACCCUAUACAGUUCCUUUGAAGAUCAGGUUUCAGCUGUUCCAGAAUCAAAGAAGAGGCCUCUUAUAGAGUUAUUCUUGCUUUGCAAACGAUGCAAGGAGGAAGCAAAUUUGGUAAAAGAAGAAAUGCGUCGGCUUGAAGAAUUUUACUCAAGGGAAAUCCAAACCYUGAGUGAUUUACAUCUUCAGCAAGAUGAUAGUAUAACGGGGAAGGRUUUUAGUUGUCUUCUUCAAAGACGAAKGGCUAUAUUAURUAAUGAAAUCCUCGCACUUGCAAGCCAUUGGAAGGGGUGUUACACAUUCCAAUGUUUAGAUUUAGGGAAAAUAUUGAAAUCAUCUGUAAAAUAUGAAGGCAGUGAACCUUGUACAGUCAGCGAGGAAGUAACAGAAGAUGAGCCUUACUCAUUUGAUAAACCUCAAGAUGAUCCUUGCAAUGGAGACGACGAGAAUAGUAAUGAAUAA